CAUACUCUCCAAGAACCAAUGCAAAAUCAAGUCUUUUCUCAAUUUGAUGAUACCCAUCUUAUAGAACAAGACAUAGUGCUGAUGCCAUCUUCGUUCGACCCGUGGAACGAUCUUCCCUAUUCGAAUACGAUGAAUGUCAUUGACCCUUUUGGAGGGCAAUCAUCAAAUGCAGCUUCAUGUUUCCCUGUUAUGGUUGACAAUUUUGCUCCUCCAAUGCUAUCUAAUCAUCAAUUAGUGAUAUCCAACAUUGAUGCCAAUGGUUAUGGUUAUGGCAAUGGUAAUAGCUUUUAUCCUAUGAUGGGUAACACUUUUGGAGAUUCGAGUAUCGAUAAUUACUCCAUUGGUGCUCUCCCAAAUAUUAAUGAUUAUAACAUGAAUUUCCAAUUGGAUAAUGUUCAAGUUUAUGAUAUCCACAAUAUCUAUGCUCUUGGAACGUAUCCUGAUCCUUUGCUGUUCGAUUAUCCUUUGAAUUCCAAUGUCCAAAACGAGUUGCAGGUGCAAGAUUUUGAUCAAGCUGUUCAAUCCCUGUUAUAUCCACCAGCUACUCAUCUAGUAGACUACUAUGCUUCUACAUUGCCACAAAUUUAUGAUAAUCGAGAGGAAGAACACUACGAGUGAAAGAACGGACGAAGAACGCGAGCGAUGGAUGGAAAUAACGGAUGGGGGCGCGACGAUGGAAUCGGUUGGUCUUAGGUUUUAG